CGGAAGUUCAGUCUGUAAAUGUGAACAGAGUUGCUGGACCGCUGUACGAUGGACAAAAUGCUCGGUUUUGUGUUUUUGCUUCUCCUGGGAAUCUACAGCACUGAAGCUGUGACCCACUCUCUGAAGUAUUUCUACACUGGAUCCACUCAAGUCCCAAACUUCCCAGAGUUUGUGAUUGUUGGGUUGGUUGAUGAUGUUCAGAUAGAUUACUAUGACAGCAAGACACGGAAAAUGGUGCCAAAACAGGACUGGAUGAGGGACAACAUGGAUCAGGACUACUGGGAGGGAGAGACUCAAAAAGCUGUGGGUAACCAGCAGAGCUUCAAAGCCAACAUUGAAAUUCUGAAGCCACGCUUCAACCAAACUGGAGGAAUUCACCUAUUCCAGAGAAUGUAUGGCUGUGAGUGGGAUGAAGAGACUGGAGAAAUUAAAGGCUUCAACCAGUUUGGUUAUGAUGGAGAAGACUUUGUAGCAUUUGAUCUGAAAUCAGGAUCCUGGAUCGCACCAACACCAGAGGCUGUUGUCACCAAACACAAGUGGGACAAUAAUAAAGGUCUUAAUGCAAACCAGCUGAACUACUACAACCAGGAAUGUCCUGAGUGGAUAAAGAAAUAUGUGAACUAUGGGAGAAGCUUUCUGAUGAGAACAGUUCCUCCAUCAGUGUCUCUCCUCCAAAAGUCUUCCUCCUCUCCAGUCAGUUGCCUCGCUACAGGUUUCUACCCCAACAAAGCAGAAAUACUUUGGAGGAAAGAUGGAGUAGAGAUUCAUGAUGGUGUUGAGAAAAGAGAGAUUCUUUCCAACAACGAUGGGACCUUCCAGACGAGCGCUGAGCUGAAACUUUCCACAUCUGAAGACUGGACGAAAUACGACUGUGUGUUUCAGCUCUCAGGUUUCGACAAAGAUCUUGUCACCCCACUGGACAAAGCAAACAUCAAGACUAAUGAAGGAAAUUCCCUUGUCAUUAUUCUUACCAUUGUUGCAGUGGUUGUCUUCAUUACCUGUACCGCUGUGAUUAUAAUCGUUUUGUUCAAGAGGAAGAACGCAAAACGCCCUCCAUCUCCUGUUGAAUAUGCUGAGGUCCAGGAGAUAAUGAUGCCAAAAUAAACCGCAGUUUUGGGUGAAGUUUGCCCUGGAGUGAGAUCACAAUCUUCUACUUAUAAUAAGGUUCCACAUUAAAAUCAUGAAUUGACUAAAGCUGAGUCUUAAACCUUGACUUAUAUUCUAAAUAAUUUGGGUUCAAAUGAUAAAAAAUGUUUUUGAAAUGUUUUACAAACAUGAGGAUAAUAUAAUAUUUUGAUUUAUAGUAUGUGGGAGAGGGAAUCUUUUGCAAGUAUUGUGUUAUUUGUUGGUAAAUAAAAUCUUUUUACCUUCUAAAGUCAUUUACUAUGAAGUAGGAUCAGUGGCUUAUCGAGGUAACUUCAGAUUUGGUUUUGGAUUUUCAGUGAGACAAAGUUUCUCGUAAAUCUGCCACCACAGUAAAUUAUUCCAGAAUCAAAAUCAUUGUGGUUUGACUUAUUGAACUGUCGUCCUAAAUAACACAUUAAUUUACAGAUUUUUAUUUUUGGCUUUAAGGUUUUCUGUUUUUGUUUGGUGUAAUAUAUCUUUAAAUUAAUUGUAAAUCAGAUAUCAAUAAUCCUGAACAGUAAUCCAAACUUCCCUUGUGUUGUUGUACGGCAAUGUAACUGUCGAUUAUAAAUAACUUAAAUAUGUAAGCUGGAUUUUUAAAAAUAUAAAUCUAGCUGCUGUUAUGAGCUGAAUCUGACUCCAGUCUUUUGCAGCUCUUAGUGGAAAAAGCAGAAAAAAUUAUGUUUAUUUUUCCAUCACUUUAAUUCUGCUUCCUCAGGAAAAGUUUAAAUUUCUCUCCAUCACUGUAGAUAUUUUUUCUUUCAUAGUUACUUGUAUCUUCAUUUGUUCUUUUCUAUGUAUAAUUUUGGAUAGUUAAACAUAUUUUGACACUUUUAUUACUGUGUGAUUUUUCUUUUUAGCACCUUGUUACUUGUUUUGAUAAACAGAUUGAGUUAAAUCACUUCAUUUGUGGGAGAUCCAGCUGGAUGGGGUUUGAUAUGUUGCGUUUGAAUAAAGUCCAAAUAACUACA